UGUGGUGCGACGACACGUGUGUGCAAAGAUAAAAAAUCUAACUAAUAUUCUAAAACAGCGCUUGUGUUAUUGAUCGUGUACCAGCGGGUGUUUGGUCAAUAACUUGCGCUAUUAUCUUAGCAACUAUUUGUUAGUUCAAAAAAUAAAUCUCGACAAAAUCAAAUGUAUAGUUUGACAGUUGCGUUCACGAACUAAAUAAACCUUAAUAAAAUGGUUCUUCACAGUGACGCGAGGAAAUUAAUAGAGCACGACGAAACCUACUCAAAGGUAAAAUCUCAACCUUUGAUUGAUAAAUACAAGAUCCCCAUCCAACACUUCGAGUAUUCGUACAUCGAAACGUGUAAAGACGGAAGAGAAUUAGAAAGAAUAGUGCAAAUACUACGAUCAGGCGAAGAGGGAUAUUUUCCGGACCUGGUUCGCUGUGCCGAGAACCGACUCGCUGUGGUUAAACCAAAAAGCAAAGUUCUAAGGAAAGCAUGCCCUGUCAUAUCCAAAGAACGCUUAACCAGAGAAGAAAAAAACGAGCUGACAAACGAUUUAACGCAAUGGAUUUCCACGGUUUCGAAAGACGACGACGAAUUAGUGUAUUUCAAGAAUAGGAAACCUGGCGGUUCGCUUCCAGAAGUGCGAAAAACCAAACACAAAACUUGCGAGGAAAAAAAGGACACGCCGAAGCGGAUAGCAUCGACGGACUACUCAAAGUGGGACAAGUACGACCCCGACACCGAAAUUCUAAAAAUGGACCUCGAAGAAGAGAAACUGAAGAAAAUCGGCCGCGAAAGUGACAAGAAAAAGUCUCCAGUGAAGAAAACGGUGCAGUUCAAAGAAUUUACGACCGAAGUUGAAGCACUACGUGAGGCGAACUACGAAAAAGAUGCAGGUAACGAGUUUUACAAAGCUGGCGAUUUUAAAGAAGCGCUGAAGCACUACACGAAUAGCAUUAAUAUCAAACAUACUGUGGCGGGUUUUAACAAUCGGGCGCUGGUUAAUAUCAAGUUGAAGAGAUUUAAAAAUGCCGUUGACGAUUGUCACUCGGCUUUGGCUAUCGAACCUGAUAAUUUUAAAGCGUUUUUGAGAAAAGCCCAGGCCUUGGAUAGUCUAGGUCGGCACGUCCAGGCUUUAGAAGCUAUUGAGCAAGCUAUAGAGGUUGAUCCUAAUAAUAGUCUAGCGCAAGAAUUGGCGCAGAAGUUUCAAAAAUUGUGUGGUAUUGUUCCAAAAGCUGCCACUAGGUUUGUGGUACAAGAAAUUGAAAAAGUAAAAAAUAAAAAGAAUGCAGGGAAAUGCAAAAAUGUUGCUAAGAAUAAAGAAGUGAUUAUUCCUAUUCCGGGCACCAGUAGCAUGUCGCCUCCACACUACAUCACGUGCUCGGAUGGUAAUUUACAAAAAAUUAGGGAACAUACUAUGAGAGCUAACACGCGGUCACAAAUCGUUCAUUUAAUUUCUAUUGACAGUUCGGAUGUUGAAGACGACGACUGCUGCACAGUUAACCACUUGAAAAAAUUAUGCAGUAACGAAAAUUUAAAUAAUGUGAAAAAUACCAACAAACACAAUGAGAUUCCACCUAAAAUAAAUAACACAAACAUCAAAAUGAUUGUCGAAAUGUCAAACAAUGAAGGCCAUAACUCAAAUGUUAUUAAUACAGCGAACACCGACCAAAAUACCGACGUCAAGAAGACCAAAAAACGGCUUGUACAAGAAGAGACGAAGAAAAUUUCUGUGCAGCAAAUACUUAAGAAAGAUAAAAAUGCAGGCGGAGAACCUUACGUAAAAGAAAACGAAUGUUUUGAUAUCCCACAAGACAUCCACUCACCAUACAGCUUUUUAAAGGCGUGGAAUUCGGCCAAUAUCGAUAGAACACUCGAACAACAUGCUCUAAUACUGAAAAACAUCGACAUGCAUCGAAUCAUUGAAGUCAUAGGCUGCAAACUCGACAACACCAUGUUCAGCACAAUGAUCAAAUGCUUGUGUGUCCACUUCGCCGUCCCUGGAGAGGUCGACAGACUUCACCACAUCCUCGAGAACAUCGUCAACUUACCCCGAUUCGACAUCAUUUCAAUGUUAAUGUCGUCAGAAGACACAAAUUACGUUAAUAUCCUUAUAAACUUUUUGAAUCAACAUGGCAAACCUCUGUCUCAGGAGGGACUUAAUAAACUUUUUAACAGUUAU